AUGCCUGAGGUCUCCUGCCAUCGGCCCCCGUCUGACGAUCCUGUUCUGCAAGGGAACUCCUCUUCGCACCCCGAGCUGGUUCAGCCUGUUCCCAGGGAGCCCUCUGCCUGCCAGGAGUGUGGCUCGACCUUCGCUUCUCAGAGGGGGCUGAGUCUGCACAGGCGUGCUGCCCACCCUAACGCCUAUCAUCAAGAAAUCGUCACCCAGCGUGUCAAAGCCAGGUGGUCCAGUGAGGAAGAGUUUAUCCUGGCCCGCACUGAAGUGCGCCUGCUACUACAGCCAAGGCCACCUCGCUUUAUCAACCAGGCCCUCCUGGAAUUGCACUCCGACCGGACCCUGGGAUCUAUUAAGUGCCAUCGGAAAUCGAGGGCUUACAGGGAUCUGGUCCAGCGCCUUCUACUAGAGUCGCCCCCUGGAGAGCAAGCGGCACCGUCUCCGACGGGCCCCACUUCGUCAACGAAUGCUGCUGCGGAUGCUCUUCCAUCAGCCUCCGCUCCAGACAGUGUGGAGGGCUCUGUCUCUGUACUUACAUCACCGCCUGCCGGCUCCAUGCCCGAGGCCAACGAGGACAACGUAGACCCUGCGUCCAUGGACAGUAACGUCGUCCCCCCUGCACGGAGGCGACAUCUGGUGAUUAUCGAAGAACUGCGGAAGCUGGCUACCAGAAGUCCUCCUCAGUCUUUUCAAGCAAGCCGCCUAUUCGAUGUGGCACGUCAGGCGACCGAGGGAGAGGACGUCACCCAAGUCCUCAAUGACUACAUCCGAGACGUGUUUACCUCAGCCUGA